AACAAUAUUACACUUUGAAUGAUCUUGUCUGCUCUUAUUAUAAUCUCUUUUCUUCAGUUGCACAAACUAAUCGUUUUCCAUGAAAGUUCUUCUGGUAUAAUCCUUCCCUCCCGAACCUUAUAUACAUAUACAUCUGUAUAUGUAUAUCUAUAUAUAUAUCUCAAUUCUCCAUCUUUCUUGUCAAAAUCACAAACUCUCUGCUUCAAUGGCAACUUGUAUCCAAACAAAGCCCAUUUCUCGCAAUACAAACAGGUCCCAAAUCGAUGACCAUGUUCGUGUCUAUAAUUACAUAAAAUCAUGCAGACCCAAUUUUCAAGAUUAUGAUUCUUGCUUGCCCAUUUCAUCGUAUCACCAAAAGAAAUCUCACGUUUGUUGUAUUGAUAAAAAUCAAGAUUUUGUAUGGCAGAAAAUGAAAGAGGAAGCAAGGUCAGAUGUUGAUCAAGAGCCCAUUUUGUCAACUUACUAUUACACCUCAAUCUUGGCUCAUGAGUCUUUAGGAAGAGCUUUAGCCAAUCAUUUAUCAAUGAAACUCAGUAAUGCAAGUAUACCAAGUGGGACCCUUUAUGAUCUUUUUCUUGGGGUGUUCACAGAUGAUCAAGAAAUCUUGAAAUGUGUUGUGUUUGAUAUAAUGGCUGUGAGGGAAAGAGACCCUGCUUGUAUAAGUUAUGUACACUGUUUCUUGAACUUUAAGGGAUUUUUAGCUUGUCAAGCUCAUAGGGUGGCACAUAAGUUAUGGUCACAAAAUAGGAAAAUAUUGGCCCUUUUGAUUCAAAGUAGGGUGUCUGAGGUUUUUGCUGUGGAUAUCCAUCCGGGGGCAAAGAUCGGACGAGGGGUAUUGUUUGAUCAUGCUACUGGAAUUGUUAUUGGAGAAACAGCAGUUAUCGGAGAUAAUGUGUCCAUUUUACAUAAUGUGACAUUGGGCGGUACUGGUAAGGCCUGCGGAGAUAGGCAUCCGAAGAUUGGUGAUGGGGUGUUGAUAGGAGCGGGAACUUGUGUUUUAGGGAAUAUUAAGAUUGGUGAUGGGGCAAAAAUUGGUGCUGGUUCUGUAGUGUUAAAAAGUAUACCUGCUAGAACUACCGCAGUUGGUAACCCUGCUAGAUUGAUUGGAGGGAAGGAGAAUCCAUUUAGGCUGGAUAAGAUUCCAAGUCUUACUAUGGACCAUACUUCACAUAUUUCUGGUUGGUCUGAUUAUGUUAUUUAGACUCUACUUGAUUAAGGUUUCUGUUUUCAUGUGUACAAGUGAGAAUUGAGGUUCUCCUGUUAGAUAUUCUGGUGAAGUAUACUUGUUCUAGAAUGCUAGAACAGCUUGUAAUGUAUUACUCAAAAUUCAUCUAUAUGAAUAAACUCUUUGGUCUCUGAA